CAGAAAUCAAUUUCUGCCGUUUCCACAGUUUGCCAACACUGAUAACACUUAUUUGAUCGAAUGAGUUGUUUUAAUAUUGAAGUGGCCUAAAAAGUUCAGAGUAGAUAUAUAAGUGCGUACAAAACAAUGUUUUGAAAAUGAAUGGAAGUGAGCUAAAUUUAACUAGCAGUAGUCACAAUACAACGAUCGAUUAUGAAACCGAGGAUUUCCCUAAUACAAUUUGGUACAAUAAGGGCACCAAAGAUCUCAUUACAAAGCUAUGUAUGUUUAUUCCUCUCUGCAUUGCGGGCUUAGCAGGUAAUUUAUGGGUAAUUUACGUCCUUAAGAGUAACAGACAUAUACGAACCCCCAGCAACUUAAUAUUAGGCAAUAUGGCAGUAGCAGACAUGUUAUCUACCAUAAUUUAUCCUUGUUUCAUAUUCGUAUAUGAUUACUAUCAAAAUUACAAACUGGGCCCUGUUGGAUGUAAAUUGGAAGGACCUUUGGAAUGUACAAUUUUACUGGCAAGUGUUAUAAGUAUGUCAGCAAUAACAUAUGAUAGAUUAACAGCGAUAGUAUUGCCUAAUGAAAGUAAAAUUGAUAAACCUAGAGCUAAAAUGGUCAUAUGUCUCUCAUGGUUGAUAGCGAUGGGUUUGUCGACUCCAUUGGGGUUUUUUAGGAACUAUAGGGAGCGCAAUUGGAAGAAUUUUGAUGAAACCUACUGCAUUGAAGAUGCCAUUGUGGUGAACAUAUACUGGUACGUCAUUAUUACCGCGUUAGUUCUGUUACCGUUAUCUAUACAGAUGAUUUGCUACAGCGCUAUAUUCGUAAAGCUAAGCAAAUAUGAAAAGAUUAUAGUGAAAAACUUCAGUCAUCACCAAAUGGGAUAUAAAAGAAAUGCUGCAAAAAUGAUGUUUAUUGUGAUACUGACCUUUAUGAUUUGUCAUUUGCCCUACACAGCUUUCAUAAUGUAUCGCCACCAAGUUUUAAAGGCUAGCGCAUCAGGGGUUACAACUAGUGUCACAAAUAUAGUGCAAGGAACAUAUUACACAUUAUGGUUUGCAUCCAAGUAUUUGCUUAUAGCCAACGCAGCCGUAAACCCAUUGAUUUAUUCUGUUACCAACGUGUCUUUCCGGACCGCAUUUAGAAAAACUAAGUUAUGUCGUUGGAUAUUAUCGGAGUCCUUACCAACAAAGACACCAAAUAAGAAACCUAAUCCACCUCAGAGUCCAAGCAAGGUUGGCAAAAGAAAAAACAUAUUUUUUAUAUUUAAAAAAUAUAAAUCUUCAGAUAUCAGGGAUUCAACGAGUACCAAAGUGGAAAUCGUUAAUACAAAAUUAUAAGCUAACGAUUACGAUAAGUUUUUCUUUGUAUUUUUUUUUACAGUUUUGGCAAUAAAUUGCAGAUGAUAAAACCGUAAAA